GAUUCAUGUCUAUCAAGCAUUUCACUUCUUUCUCCUUGGUCCUUCUCGCCACGGCCACUUUCAUCCUUUCUUGUCAGGCCACAGCUCGCAUUCUUGAUGGUGGCUUGUGUCGCAAGACAGACUACCCACAGCUUUACAGGGCAGUUGUAAAGGGAACAGUGCAUGACCCAAAACUUGCUUCUGGAAUUUCUAUUAAAAGUCCUGAACUUGAUGACUGCCUUACCAGUUACGACGAUGCCAUUGACAACCUGAAGAAAUCCCUGGACAACAUCAACCAAAAGAACCCUAGCAGCCUUAUGAGCAACCUCAGCGCAGUGGUUGCUGAUUAUGUGACACGCGAUGAUGAAGCCGGUAAAGCUGGGUCUCGUCUUGCUGCUACUAAUGAACACUUCCGUCACAUGGCUAGCAACUGCUUGGCAUUAGCAAGUCAAAUCAAGUUUUAG